GAGAGGAGCAGCGCUAGAAAGGGAGGGGACGCAGAGCAGGGAGGAAGAGGGAGAGUGGAGCGCGGACGCGGUGGCUAGGAGCCGGUCCUUGCCGCCUCGGCCGUGUAUGGGCGCGUCGCCUGGAACAGCACGCGGGAAUCCAGCGGAGCGGGAGCGCUGAGCGUGUAAGUGGGCGGGAACGUCUCCCCGAGGCGCGUCAGGCCGGAGAUCCUCACGCGCCUGGGUCUAGGGGGGUCAGCAGAAGCUGGGUCAAACCGGGGACACUUAGAUGAGGCAGCCAAACAGAGGAGUGGGAGGCACGAGAGAGAGGAGGUGUAACGUGGUGAGAGGCGUAUAGUGUCGCUCGGGGCGAGGAGGAGGAGGAGGGGGGGGGAGGUUCCACGUGGGGCAGAGUCGUGCGUUUCGGGUUGAGGGAGAGCGUCUGCCACAGGGGAGAGAGAAGGAGACGAGAAGGUCGAGAUUCCUGAGUUUCCACAUGUGGAGGCUGAGUGUGAAGGAGGGGAUCUGGGGCUGAUGCUGCGGAAGGGCAGGGGCACUGAAACUCAGCGCCGGAUCCGGUUUGGGGAGAUCACAUGGCAACGGGGGAGCAGUGAGUCACACAAGAAGAGGUUCCAUCCACAGCCAGGGGUCAGAGAAGCCCAGACCGGCGGGUGGAAGUGUCUCUCCUCCUCUCUCUCUCGCUGUCCGUUCCGGGGACAAGACCUUCACGGCAGGGGGCUCUAAGAAGAGUUCCCAGUCCAGCCCGUCACAGUCCAGUCCAGCUUCUCUUCUGUGGAUGCUUCCCGCGCUGAACCAUGGGGGAAUGGACCAUCCUGGAGCGGCUGCUGGAGGCUGCGGUCCAGCAGCACUCCACCAUGAUCGGAAGGAUACUGCUGACGGUGGUGGUGAUUUUCCGCAUCCUGAUCGUGGCCAUCGUGGGCGAGACCGUCUACGAAGACGAGCAGGCCAUGUUCAUCUGCAACACCAUGCAACCCGGCUGCAACCAGGCCUGCUAUGACAAGGCCUUCCCCAUCUCGCACAUCCGCUACUGGGUCUUCCAGAUCAUCCUGGUGUGCACUCCCAGCCUCUGCUUCAUCACCUACUCUGUGCACCAGUCAGCGAAACAGCGUGACCGCCAGUACUCCUUCGUAUAUCCGCUGCUGGAGAAAGACUACGGGCGUAGCGAGGGAAGCCGCAAAGUGCGUAAUAUCAACGGCAUCAUGGUCCACAAUGCAGAGAGCGGGGGAAAGGAUGAAUCUGAGAGCCUGGAGGUGAAAGAGAUCCCCUAUGUGCCGCGAGCGCUGACCCACUUGAAGAAUGCCAAGGUACGUCGGCAAGAGGGCAUCUCCCGCUUCUAUGUCAUCCAGGUGGUCUUCCGCAACGCCCUAGAGAUUGGCUUCCUGGCCGGUCAGUACUUCCUGUAUGGCUUCAACGUGCCGAGUAUCUUCGAGUGUGACCGCUACCCGUGCGUCAAGGAGGUGGAGUGCUACGUGUCGCGGCCCACCGAGAAGACGGUCUUCCUGGUGUUCAUGUUCGCGGUCAGCGGCAUCUGUGUGGUGCUCAACCUGGCCGAGCUGCACCACAUGGGCUGGCGCAAGAUCAAGAGCGCCAUCCGGGGAGUCCAGGCCCGGCGCAAAUCUAUCGGCGAGUUGCGCAAAAAGGACCUGGCUCAUCUGUCCCAGGUGCCCAACAUGGGCAGGACCCAGUCCAGCGAGUCUGCCUACGUCUGAAGCCAUUCAGAAUAUUGGGCUGAUAUUCUGUGUAGGACAGUAUAGGUCCUUUCGUUCACAUCUGUUAUCCUAGGUAAUCAAGACAGAGGUAGAAUUUUGGACUAAAAUAAAAGAGCAUGUUUGUUCUAGAUCCGUUCCACAGUUAUUUCCAAACGUUUAUCAGGACCUUUGAACAAGAGGAUUUUCAGAAGAUAGCCAAAUAAGGCAGAGAAGCUUAAGUGCAUAGCAAGGAAUUCUGCCCCCUCCUUGGUAGAUUUUGCUGAUUGGGGGGUUCUCCUUGUUAAAUUGGUAGAUUCUGGUCCCCUCUUGUCCAGGGCCCAGGAAAAAUCCAUCCCCCCCCCCCCUCCCGGCCACGGCCCUGCAGAAAGCCACAAACCUUCAGGUUUCAUCCAGAACACAACAGAGAAGCCAAGAGAAGACUUAAAAAACGAUUGAAUUGGAUGACGUCAACUCCUGGUGAUGAGGUCAGACGUCAGAGAGUGUAAAUUAAGGCUUUGUUUGACGUUUCCUGCUCUGACCUUCAGUAGGGUACUCAAGUAAAGGUUGUAAUCCAAGCAGAGACAGUAGCACCUGAAGUGUUCUCCAGAAAACCGCGGGAGCUGUGUCACAGACAUGGAUUGCUCCGACGGAAGUGCUGUUUCAUGCAAACCUCUUGGCCGAAGAUGCGGACACUUUCACUGCCAGUGAAUUUAUAACCCGUUAGUGUAGACACACGCGCGGACCAGCGUGUGCAGCUAAGCACCUGUGCUCUAACUGCAGGGCCCAACUUUAGAGGCAAGUACGGCUGAAAUAUCCCCUCAAGUUUAACUUAACGUGAAAACGAAAUCCCAAAACAACUGCAAGCUCUAUACCUCAGCGCAAAUUGCACCCACUUCCUUAAAUCCAACCUCUCCUGUUCCUGCCGACUUUCUCUCCUGCUGCAUUACGUCUGUGUGUGAGUGAGUCUUGAUUUGAUUGGAGGACGGGAGAAUCAAUUAAACUUUCCCUUCUAUAUGACAGAAGAGAAAAACGUUUCAUAAGUAAUUAAUUUGAUUUGUCCUAUUAUUUUGAUUUUUUUGGUGACAGGGUUAGUGCCGUCCUUUAAAAUGACACAUUUGUGUGUUAUAUCUGAGCGUGUGAAUGUGGUAAAAUUAAAAUGCGUUUAUGCAUAUGUUAAAUUAACAUAUGCAACUGCUGCAUAUAUGCAGCAUUAAUAUAUAAUAUAUGGAUUAAUAUAUAAAACAGAAAUAUAUAUAUCAAGUUUUAAUUUAUGUUCCACAGGGGAGCAGGGUGAGACUUUUGAUUGAUAGUUUACAGGAGGUGAAAAGGGGGGCAUUGGAUAUAAAACUGUAUAUUAUUGAUUGUGUUUGUUCAAAAUUUUCAUCCCUGAUGAUUUUUUUGUAUUCUUAAACCACAUGAUUUUGUAGUGAAUUUGCAAAAGGCAUGUUUACAAAGCAGUGACAGAAAUGGCAGAUUUUUAUAACUGUGCGUAAUUUUUAAAGGGAAAAACUCAUUGCUACUGAAUCGAAUGGAGGAAUUUGCAUCUGCCUCUGUUGCGAUUAUUUAUCAGCACGUUUCCUUUUUGACGUGUAUGUAGCCCUGUGCGAUCAGCCGAGGGCCCCGCCGAGGGCCCCGUAGAGCUGGCAAUAAGACGCAUAUUCAAGCAGUGGAGAUAGAUGACCAAGGAACCAUAUGUCAGCAAUUCUGCAAUAAUAAGUUGCACUGUAGCAGGAGCGAGCCUCGCAGGGAGGAAGAGAGGCUUGUGAGGAGCUCCGACACGUCCGAAGUUGUGCAGAAACUGUGGGUCGCUCCUGGUGCUAAGCUAAUGUGAAAUGCCUUAGCUUUCUCCUCUCCUGUUGGCUCUGGGUCAGGGUGGGUUUGUCUUCUAUUACUCUGAACCGGGCUGGAGAUCCAGUGUCACUAAAGGGCACCAUGAGGUCAAUGCUUGGGUGGAGAAGAAGGCACGAUGCAGAGGGCUGACGCACUUAGCAUGUGUGCUACUCCUCUGCAUGGCACCAUGCACACUGCCCUUUGGAGGAGCCCCUCUGACUCUGAUGUUCCUUCCAAGGAGACGAUUCCCCACUCAAGCAUGAAGUGCCUGGCCUUCCGUAUUUGCCUGCUGGUGGUGCCAGAACCAAGUGCUGGUGGGUGAACAGCAUCUCUGGGCCAGCGGGAGGGAGACACGCACACCUUUCCUAUCCCACCCACCCACAGAUUCCAGAAACACGCUAUGUUCAACCAGUUCCAGUGAUCUCGUCUCGGCGACACUGGAAAAUAGAGAGGGAAUGAGAAUGAGAGAGAGAGGGAGAGAGAGGGGGAGCGGAGGUAAAGACGGAAUGCAACAUCUGGUCAUUAGAGACGAAUGUCUGGUUUGUCUUCAGAAACAGCAAGUCAUGAUUUGAAGUGCACAUUCUCAAAUAGGACCCCAUGACGAGAAAGAUCUGGAACCUGCAGUGACUCCAGACUGGUUCCAGUUUAAGCCAAAAGGCAGUUUGGGAGUGUGUAGAAGAGCAACAUUUACAUAGAAAAUUUAUAGAGGAGUAUGUUGUGUUAAGAGUUCUUGAGUAAAACGAAGGAAACAAAAAGACUUCUAUCUAUCUAUCUAUCUAUCUAUCUAUCUAUCUAUCUAUCUAUCUAUCUAUCUAUCUAUCUAUCUAUCCUGAAAAUCUGAACAUAGGUAUGGUUACAGAAGACAUACGUGUCUUGACCCUUGAUGUUUUCAGAAGAUCCGCAUCCUUUGACCAAAGUUAUUGUGGCCAGGCAGGACAGGCUAGUGUACGGGGACCUCCAUCCCUCGCUAUGCCCCACGUGAAAGAAGUGGCAGGAGUUCCGACGCGGCCAGCGUCUCAGUUCUUCUCCUUGGAUCGACUCCCACCUUUGUUCCCUUACGGGCUCACGCUCUGGAUAGCUCUGUUGUGUCAGGCCUGGUCAGGCGGAAUGGCUCAUGAGUCCUAACUGCUGGGGAGAUCCUCCCAGAUGGCCUGCUGGCAUCAUCUCCUCGCCAAGCUUCCGUCGCUGCCAUUGGCAGGGUUGUCCUGUGUCCCGGGACCUUUCCCGUGGCCUCGGUGCUGCUACAGACUGUUUUUCAGCCUUUAAAUGCAGAGCUAUAAUGAGCUGAGUCACUAAGCAUGUCUGUCUCUCUCUACGGUUGAACAGUAAAGGAUGAGUAGAUGCAGCAAGGCCUUAGCAUUCUACUCGCUCAAGUCAAUCUCUCUCUCUCAGUCUCCUUCUCCUUUUCCCUUGGGUUUUGCUGGUGGAACCAGAGACUAAAAGAUUUUGCAUGGCUCUUGCUGCGUCGUGUCCUUUAAACGUGAUCAGUGGUGUCCUUUUUUACUGUAUGUCAAGAUGGUGGGACUAUUGAGACUUAUGCAAUGUACUGUUUUAUUUCUUUUGAUUUGUCACCCUUGACUUUGUUCCGUUUUCCUCUUCUGUUUUUUUUUUUUUUUUUUUUGUCUGUGUAAUGUACAGUACUGUAAAUGAAUGACAUAGAGUCAACGGUAUUUUGUAUGUACUGGGAAACGUAAUAGGAGAAGUGUCGAAUUUGAUAAACAGACUUGAAAAUAGAAAAGUCAAACAGAUUUUACUCUUGUGAGAUUGGGUUAUACGCACCUCCAGGGUACUGAUGUAGGGUUUUGAAAAUACGAAAGAUUUAAGCUAAGUGCAUGGAAUAUAGUUAGGGUAAGCAUGACUUUUAUUGUUUGCUCUGUAUAAACAUAGAAACGCAGGAUUUGUUUUGGGGACCCUAUUCAACCCAUUACAAAUGAAAGACUAACAGAGUCUGGAUGACGUUAAGCAGAAACAGACAUCCUUUCUCUCCCCAUUCCUUUGAGAGCCAGUCGUCCCCUUUUAGUGUUACACUUAACUCUUUAUACGACCAGAAUCCCAUCAGCCUUACAGUCAGUUCAACAAUUCAUCAAAACGAUAACCACAUAAUUACAAAGAGCCAGUAUUAUAACAAAAUCAAUUAUAUACCAUAACACUGUUUUUAUAUAUAUACAGUUGCCUGGUGUUUAGAAGACAUAAAGGGCAUAUUGAAGGAUACACCAGCUAUAAAGAAAUCAUAGACCUUCUCAGGAAUUGAGCAUUCGAAGGCUGGCCUUUUCAUUCUGCUAGUGUUUGUGGAUAUUUAAACAUUCCACCGACACACAUAUAAUCUGUCGUCUAUGCAGAAUGAUUUUCAGAAACGUAAAUUGAAAAGCACACUACAAAAUCUAUGUAUAUAUUCUUCGCGGUAGAUAUUUCUACGACGCGGUGACUGUGUAACAUACAGCAGGAGUACAGGUGGCACGUAACAAUAGUGUUUCGUAUAUAGAUCUUUGUUAAUGCAGAAUGUUUGCAGAGUCAGGUGCCAAUACACAAGCAGUCUUGAAAUCUGUUACGGUAAAGUCUGUUACAUAAGUUGCACAGAAAAUGGACCUAUAUAUUUCGUAUUAUGCCUCAUUAAUCUUCUGCUCCCGUUAUGGCUGCAGCUGCACUAGAUUUGGGUAGAAUUUUUCCUAGAUCUUUUGGCUACUUUUUGGGUCUCCAGAUUCUAAACUCCCCAAGCCAUGCAGACCGUCUUGCUCCAAGCCCUUUUUUGGUCUUGAGGUAGUCCCUGCGAUAGUCCCUGCGAUAGUCCCCGCAUGCUCUAGCUAUGGUUGCUGUUUCAUUUCUCUAUGUGUAAAACCUGAGAAGCCAUGGUUCACGGAAAGCCAAACUGUGGGUGUCUCUCAAUAUGCACACCUGACCGUAUUUGUGCUCUCGCGUACCCGUUUUACGUCAUCUUCCGCUGCUGAAGGGGAAGACCAGUUCCAAUACUCAAGAACAGAAGUACAGAGGACAGUAAAAAAAAUCCCUGGAUGUCAUUCUUGCCAAUGUCAAAGAUGCAUUGGUUGCAAAUGAGACCAAUCCCAUGAUUCAUUGUGCCCUAAGUUUGUUCUUGGAAAGCAAGGUAGCGAGAGCGCAGGUACCAUCUUUGCGUUUUUAGUAUUGAGAAACACUCUGUGUUGUAGUUUUGGUGGGUUGUUACUUUAGGCUUUAGGUGCUGGCUACAUUUUCAAAGUAGAAACAUCCCCACCCCCCACCCGUUGACAAAGGAC